CCCCGUCGCUCUCCGCCGAAGCAACGCAUUGCUCUCUCUCUGUGAAAGUCUACGGAUUUCAUUUAAUGUCGAUUAAAGCUGACAUGUCUGACGCAACCUCUUCACGUUGGCUCCGGUUGAUUUUCUUUGGCAUCGUUAUCUUGUCGUCCUCCUCGGCUGACAAGAUGAGUAAGACGGCUGUGCCUGGUGAGAAAGUCACUCUGCCAUGUCAAGCCUUAAAUGUUAAAACCAUCAACGGUCUAGAGUGGAGCAGACUUGACAUGGAGCGAGAAUAUGUCCUCAUGUACCGGGAUGAGCAGUCUGAUCCAACACACCAGCAUCCAUCUUUUAAGAACCGGGUGGAUCUGCAGGACAGAGAGAUGAAGGAUGGAGACGUGUCUUUGGUUCUGAAGGACGUGACGAUUAAUGACGCUGGAAUAUACGAGUGUCGUGUUGUUCAGGGACAACACGACACAAACCGCAGGAAGAGAGCUAAUCUGGAUGGUGAUCCCAUCUGCACCUUCAACCUUAGUGUUGGUCCUCCUCCAGGUCGACUUGGAGCACGUGUUGGACUGACAGUGGAUUGGUUUGGAUCUGUUGGACUGAAAGUUGCUGACAUGUCUGGCGCAACGUCUCAAUUUUGGCUCUGGUUGAUUUUGAUCUUCAGCAUCUCCAUCCCAUCAUCCUCAGCUGACCAGGAAAACAUCACAGCUGAGUCUGGACAGAACAUCACUCUGCCAUGUCGAGCUCCAAACAACAGUGAUCCCAAAGCAGUUGUAGAGUGGAGCAGAACUGACCUGGAGCCAGCAUAUGUCCUUUUGUACCGGGAUGGGCACUUAGAUCGACAUGACCAGCAUCCAUCUUUUAAGAACCGGGUGGAUCUGCAGGACAGACUGAUGAAGGGUGGAGACGUGUCUUUGGUUCUGAAGGAUGUGACGGUUAACGACACUGGAACAUACGAGUGUCGUGUCUUCAGGAGAGGAACAAAGCGCAAGAAGAGAGCUAAUGUCAGUGGUGACCCCAUCAGCAUCAUCACUCUGAGUGUUGAUCCUCUAGGUCCAACAGGAGGAGUCAGACAGGACGGAGGGAAGGAGGAUGGAUCUGUUGGUCUGAUCGUUGGUCUGCCAGUCUCUCUGGGGCUCCUCCUUCUUCUUGGUGUUGCUGUUGGUUUUUUGAUCUAUAGACGAUGCAGAAAUCGACAGCCUCCAGAUGAUCAGCAGCUGGACUCACGUGACCAUAAUUUGCAAGCAUGCAAAGAAACACUGCUGAAUGAACUGCCCUGAUUUUUGCACUGUGUUGUUUCAAACCAUUCCCCAUUCUGAGAAUCUACUUCUCGUUCAUUUACCCCUGAUCUGGGGAUUUUAUUUUUCAUGUCGUUUUUAGGGCUGCAACGAUUCCUCGUGUACCUCGAAUAAUUCGUUUAUAAAAAAAAUCCUCGAAGCAAAUGCUUCGAUUCUUCGUUUAAGCUCUGCAGCGCGCAGGAGUCUCGUUUCACCCACAUUAGCAGCAUUAAAGUUCUCUGUCGUCGUCGUCUUCUUGCAGGUUUAAUGGCGUUUGACCAAACCAGCUUUGAGCUGCAUUACUGCCACCUACUGGAAUGAAGUGGAUCAGGAGUUAGAAAGAAAAAAUCUCAGAUUCUAUAAAGUUCUCCGUCGCUGCGACGGAGAACUUUAACAGUGAGUGGAUGAUCGCUGACAUGUUUUUCCGCCUCCACCGCUCUCUGCUUUGUUUGUGUGUUGUGCUCGCUGUGCUGAGAAUUUCAGCUGUUAUUUUUUUCUCUACUUCAGCUCCUGGAACGGAUCACUAUAACUGCAUUUUGCAUGCGAGCGCCGCCAUUAGCACUAGUGAUUGUUCGAUACCGGAAGGACCCCUUCCAUGUCAAAAUAUUUUUGAUAUUUUAAUCCCUGAUUAGUGACUAAAUAUAGACCUGCAGUAGAAAAAUAUUUAGGAGAAU